UUGUUUUUUUCUUCGCUUUAGAACUGGGCUAAAAAUAUGGAUUGCUUUUUAAAAAAUAUUCACGAUGUCAGAACUUUGAAAAUCCCCGCAAGAAACUACAAAUUUAUUCUUAAAAUAUAGAAUGUGUGAAUGAGUGUUCAAUUCCAGCGGUUAGAUGCUUAAUAUACCUAUGACUAUAUUACAAUCGAGUAUGUGUGAAUAUUUAUGGUCGUACUGAUAUUGCCUUUAAAUCUAUAGUACGAACGUUUUAGUUAAUUACAACAGCUAAUGCUGUACAGUACCUGUUACAUCUCAGUCUCAUGUACAUUUUUUAGAUGCUACACUUUCAGUUAGUAAAAUGUCAGUUUCUAAAAAUAAUAGCGAUAUUAUAGUUAGAACACCCUGCAUACAUAAAUGUUUGCACACCUCAAUUCAGCUUAUAAUAGUUUUUCAAAACUUAUCAAAGAAGUGGCAUGUAAAUAAACGAUUAAUAAAACGAAUCCUUGAAAACAUGAAUUUAAUAAAUGUUAAAUAUUUCCUUUUAUUUCGAUGAUGAUACAAAUGGUGUAGAUAAUUUUUAAAGACAUUAUUAAGAUAAAUACCAUAGUAUUGAAAACGACAAGGUCAAAUCAUUUAGGAGUAUACUGUAAAUAUUUGUUUCUUAACAACAGUAAUAAUAAUUUUGUUGUGGUAUUAGUUUUAACUUUUGUUUUUAUAAUUGAAGUUUACUGUCUAUAUUACGGAUAUCCUACAUUUUUAGUUCAUGGUUUACAAUUGACAUAUAGGUAUCUACAUAUUAGUAGGUAAUUAAAUUGAAAUCUGUCGGGGAACAAAGUUUAACAUCCGUCUAGUGGAACAUUUAUCUUUAUAGAUAACAGUUUGACAACUUUCUUAAAUACUUGUUCGUUUCAAACGUCAUGUCAGUUGAUAAAAUUCUACAAUGAUUCUGUAUUUACUAAUUUUAUCAAUCGUAACUUACAUAAAUGCUGCAGAAACUCCUAUCAUAGGAAUUUUAUCACAAGAAGCAUAUUUAAUAAGAAAUGCAUAUCCAGAUGCUCACAGUUUCAUCGCAGCUUCUUACGUAAAAAUUCUGGAAAGUAGUGGUGCCCGAGUUUUGCCGAUAUGGGUGGGACAAGAGGAAGAUUAUUACGAAAGAGUUGUCAAUUUUACAAAUGGUAUUCUAUUUCCCGGAGGAGGAACUUACUUUAACGAAACUGGAGGUUAUGGCGAAGCAGCAAAACAACUUUAUGAAUUAGCCGUGAAAGCUAAUGAGAAUGGGGUUCAUUAUCCUCUGUGGGGAAUAUGUCUUGGAAUGCAGGUUUUGAUGUUUGGAGUGUUGGGCAAGGACAUUCGCGGAGACUGUCAGUCUAAAGACGUUGCUUUACCUUUAGAAUUUGUUUCAGAUUAUCAGCAGUGUAGGUUGUUUUCUAAUGCAUCUUCCCAAUUGUUGGAAAAUUUAAAAACAAAAAAUAUAACUUAUAAUUAUCACAGAUACUGUCUUUUUGAAAAAGAUUUGAAAGAAAAUAAUAUACUACGUGAAUGGAGGAUUAUUUCUACAAACAAGGAUAUAAAUGGUACAGAAUUUGUUUCCACAAUGGAACACACGAAGUAUCCAUUUUAUGGGAUUCAGUAUCAUCCUGAAAAAAAUCCUUUCGAGUUUAAGAAACCCUCAGGAAUUCCGCACUGCCCAGAAGCUGUAGAACUUGCUCAGUACUUGGGAAAUUUCUUUGUUAAUGAAUGUAGAGGAAACAGCCACACUUUUCCGAAUAGUGAUGUGGAAGAAGAUUCCUUGAUUUACAAUUAUAACCCAGUAUACAGCGCUAGCAAUACCUCUUAUGAGCAGCUCUAUUUGUUUACAACAGAAGAUUAUGUUAAAAAGUUGUUAUAAUUUUUCGUUGUAAAUGUUUUGGUGGAUACAAGAAAUAUAUUUAAUAGCAAGUUA